CUGUGUAGACUCUUCUCUAUUCUGUUCUCUCUAGCUCUCGAGGUAACCCUUGUGCGAGCCCCGCCCCUUCUCUAAGUGCAAGGGUCAGUCAGGCAGAGGUCAAAGAUCAUUAAAGGUGGUCUCCAUUUAGCGUAAAUAUGGCGGAUGAAGAUGAAGUAUUAAAUGCGCUUUCUGAGGCAGGAUCGGCUGAUGACGAGGGGAUUGACGUGGAUACUGUCAUACAGAAUGCAGCAGAGAAGGCUAACCUAUCAAUCCUCAAUGUUAAAAGCAUUCUCCAUCAUGUGCUCAAGGACAAGAGAGUGUUGUCUGUGAUCCAGCGAGAAGCAGGGGAAGGGUCAGAGGUCAUGGACGAUGACAUCAUACAACCUCGGCUCACUCGCUCAAAAGUCCGAGAGGCUGUUGCCACGACAAUGAGCCCAGAUAAGAUAACUAGAAUGAGGGCCAUCACACGCUCCCCUACCAAGCCUGGAUGUAUGUCUGUAGAGGAGCUCCUCAAUGUAAGUCUAGGCACAGAGGAUUCUUCAGAUGAUGAAGAGUAUCUACCAGAGGGGGCGGAACACAGUGAGGGGGCGGGCCAUAGCGACAGUGAGGGGGUGGGCCAUAGCGACAGUGACAGUGAGGACCCUGGGUGCACAGAAGACACAGAGAGAGACCCCACCCUAAGCCCCCUGAGUGUUGACACGCCCCCCUCUCAAUCACUGGGGGGGGUCUCCGUGGAGCAAGAGACGGCUGCUUUGUUGGCUUCCCUCUCUGAUGUCAUCCUCAGUCCAAUCAAGACAAGGGGUCAGAGGUCACAAGAACAGCAACAGGCAUCAGAGAUUGCUCGGAGGACAAGGUCAAAGUUCCCCCUUAUUGACACACCCCUAUCUGCUAUAGAGGGUUCGUUCCAGCCAUCUGACCCUGAUGACCCCCCCACACCUCGUGAGAUGGACCCUGAUGACCUGGAGUGGCAUCAAUGGCUAAAUGACCUCAUGAACCCACCUGAGUCUGCACUAGAAGAGGUUGAGGAGGACGGAGAAUACAACUAUCUGGCAGAGUCUGAUGUAGUGGAGAAGGAGGAACUACGCAAUGACAGGGCCGUCAAGAUCCCCCGUAAGGAAGUGGACCAACUAGUGAACGAACUCCUCUAUCCACCAUCAGAGGGACUAGGGGGGCUGCUGUCAGGUCAUGGAGGGAUGGACCUCACUAGUGCUUAUCUACUAGAGUCUCUGGGAUUGCCUGCUCCAUUAUUGAGUGGGUCAGAGGAUCGUGAGACCACACCCACUGAUGAGGGGGUGGGCUGCUACCUCUCUCUGGACCAAGCACAGACUCUCUCCCAGCAAAUCAGACAGCACUUCCAACUACUCAUGCAAACGUUGCUCCUGUGUCGAUGUGAACCGUCUCUACUCUUGCUCUCUCAAGUGGCCAAUCAAGCGAUAGACGAGCUACACAUAUGGAGUGAGGGCGCGUGGCAAGGUACACACAGUGCAGUGUGGUAUAUACCAGACAUGAGCGGUGGGAUAGAACUGAUACAACAGCUUGAGUCUAUUGGCAACGAGCAGCCUGUUACCAUGGCAGCAAGCAGCCGCCCACGUACGAGUAUUCCAUAUAUUGCCCAGGAGAAAUUGAUGACCACACCCCUUUUCUGGACUGACCCCUCUCUUCUUCCAGCAGUUGGGUUUGCUCCUAUGACAGAGGGAAAGUCAACACCUCCAUCCAGCUUCUCCAGUGCCGAAGAUUGUUUGUUGGUAUUUGGUAUGGAUCAUUAUGGCUCUGCUGCUUGGCAAGAUAUUAGGACCAACCUGCUACCAGUCAAGACCAUCAAACAGCUCCAGUUGAGAGUCAAGAAUCAAUGCUCCAAAAGAACAGGGAAUAAUGUUGUCAAGCAUUACAAGAAGACCAAGCAACUCAAGAUACCAUUCAGUCAAGCUGAAGAGAAGGCACUCCCACACUGGGUCACGCUGUAUCACAAGAAACGUGUUGAGAAGGAAAAGGAGGCCAAAAAGAAGAGUGAAGAACUGUGCAAGCAGACGGCCAAGCUCAAGAAGAUGCUCGGACUUGUCCCCCAGAGGAGGGCAGAAGAGGGGGGCUCUAAACAAAACCUGAUUACCUGUAUGGAGGAGGUUACAAACAAUGACAAGAAACCACGUGUGGAGACACCAAAUGAUGACAGGAAGCUCACUGUGGGGAACCAUAGACGACUGAGACGGAGGAAGACAAAGAUGAAACAAGGAGUGAGAGUGUGUGAUGAGCAGGGACAGAGCAGUCUCCACCACCUCCUACUAGCCGCAGGGCUGCAGCCGAGUGAUGCUAAUGCAAGGUUUGCACACAGCUUCAUCAGUGAGGUCAAGACCACCCUCCCUUCCGAUGGUGUCAAGUAUGACCAAUUUCUGAACCUGUUAUCUACUGCAGACCACCAGCAUUGGACCCCAGCCAAGCUGUAUGGUGAGGUGUCAUUGGUGCUAGAGUCAUGGCCGUACCUAGUGAGGUUGUUCACUGAGCUGUUAUCUGACAGGGACUGUCUACUAGCCAAUGCUAUGGGGUACAGGAUGGAGGUCACUGGUGUGCGGGAGUUUGCCGGGAAACUGAAGGAAUGUUUUGCCAACUCUCCUCUGAGCCUCUCUGCUGUGUUAGACGCUCUCCACCAGUUGGAUACACCCACGCUCACUAAUGACAAGGUGGAGACGGCACUGUUGCCAUUGGUAACAGCUCAUGAGAAACUGGUGACUGCUCUGAGGAGGUUCCUCUACCAACUGACUCCAUCACAUGGUGGUGUGUUUGAAGAGGUGGACUUAAGUCAAUCACCUGACACCUUUGAAACCAUAUCCCAGUCUCAAUUGACGGCUACCAUGGCAACUAAGUCAUGUGUAACCACACCCACUCCUAGUCCUGGCCCUGCUGCUCCAUGGACAAGACGAGACGAUGGUGUUAUCCUUAAGGCGUGUAUGGGGGUGGAGUCUGGUGUGUCUCUGGUGAGAGUAUGGGGAGACGUGGCUAAUACUCUGGACAGAACACAGCACGAGGUGAAGGAGCGCUAUCUUAAUUUGCUGCAUCUCAUGCAGUCUACCAAGCUCUCUCAAUGAACAAUACUUGACAGCUAUUAAUUAUUGUGAUCUUUUGUUCAAUCAAUAUUGUUUUCAUAUCACACAAUCACACAAUAACAAAAUGACAACAAUCAAUUUUCAACAAUCAAUUUUCA